GUGGGAGUAUAUAGAGGAACACUGGGGUCUGUACAAGGACUUGAUGAUGGAGAAUCACCGGCCCCUCACAUCACUGGGGUGAGCAACUUUCUGAUAUGAAGGCAGAAGAUACAGAGGGAGAAGAAGAGACGUAUGUGACUGAUAUGAAGGCAGAAGAUAUAGAGGGAGAAGAAGAGACGUAUGUGACUGAUAUGAAGGCAGAAGAUACAGAGGGAGAAGAAGAGACGUAUGUGACUGAUAUGAAGGCAGAAGAUAUAGAGGGAGAAGAAGAGACGUAUGUGACUGAUAUGAAGGCAGAAGAUAUAGAGGGAGAUGAGAAGUAUGUGAGGGGAGUUCAGAAGUGUAAGGAAGAGGAAAUCCCUACAGAUAUCAGCACAGCAGAUGGAGGCACAAGCAGGAAUUCCUUGGAGGGAGAUCUCAUCUUGUCUGCAGAAAGUAAAAUAGAAGAUAACACCACACAGGAUUCUCCAGGAAACAUCCCCAUAACUCUAACUAUACAUCCAGUACCUCAAAGUGCUGAUACUUCAUCUGUUCCCUCUAAUCGCGAUGAGUGUUCUUCUAAUACCUCAGAUUUUGUUACACAUCAUGUAGCUCAUACACGUGGUAAAAUAUUUCCCUGUUCUGAGUGUGGGAAAUGUUUUACAUUCAAAUCACAGCUUGUUAAACAUCAGAGAAGUCACACAGGUGAGCGACCAUUUCCAUGUUCUGAGUGUGGGAAAUGUUUUGCACAGACAUCUGGUCUUGUUACACAUCAGAGAAUUCACACAGGUGAGAAACCAUUUCCAUGUUCUGAGUGUGGGAAAUGUUUUGCACACAAAGCAGUUCUUGUUACACAUCAGAGAAUUCACACAGGGGAGAGACCAUUUCCAUGCUCUGAGUGUGGAAGAUUGUUUUUACGGAAAUCAGAUCUGGUUAUACAUCAAAGAAGUCACACAGGUGAAAAAACAUUUCCAUGCUCUGAGUGUGGGAAAUGUUUUGUACUCAAAUCACUACUUGUUACACAUCAGAGAAAUCACACAGGUGAGAAACCAUUUCCAUGCACUGAGUGUGAUAAAUUGUUUUCACACAAAUCAGAUCUUGUUAAACAUCAGAGAAGUCACACGGGUGAGAAACCAUUUCCAUGUUCUGAGUGUGGCAAAUGUUUUGCAUUCAAAAGACAACUUGUUAGACAUCAGAGAAGUCACACAGGUGAGAGGCCAUUUCCAUGUUCUGAUUGUGGGAAAUGUUUUGCCCAGAUAUCUGGUCUUGUUUUACAUCAGAGAAGUCACACAGGUGAGAGCCCAUUUCCAUGUUCUGAAUGUGGGAAAUGUUUUGCAGUCAAAUCACGACUUGUUAGACAUCAGAGAAGUCACACAGGUGAGAGGCCAUUUCCAUGCUCUGAGUGUGAUAAAUUGUUUUCACAAAAAUCAGAUCUUUUUAAACAUCAGAGAAGUCACACGGGUGAGAAACCAUUUCCAUGUUCUGAGUGUGGCAAAUGUUUUUCAUUCAAAAGACAACUUGUUAGACAUCAGAGAAGUCACACAGGUGAGAGGCCAUUUCCAUGUUCUGAGUGUGGGAAAUGUUUUUCCCAGAUAUCUGGUCUUGUUUUACAUCGGAGAAGUCACACAGGUGAGAGACCAUUUCCAUGUUCUGAAUGUGGGAAAUGUUUUGCAGUCAAAACACGACUUGUUAGACAUCAGAGAAGUCACACAGGUGAGAAACCAUUUCCAUGUUCUGAGUGUGGGAAAUGUUUUACACGGAUAUCUGGUCUUGUUAAACAUCAGAGAAGUCACACAGGUGAGAAACCAUUUCCAUGCUCUGAGUGUGGGAAAUGUUUUACAAGCAAAUCAUAUGUUGUUAAACAUCAGAAAUCACACGUCAGUAAAGCAUUACUAUGAGCUUAUACACAACAGGGUUGUAGCAACACUCCAGUCACACAGUGACACUGUUACCCAUCUGCAGAUAAUUGGAAUGUGUGUCAUUAAUAUAAGACUGGAAAAGACCACUCAGAUGAAACUUACAGUAUUUCUUUAUUCCUGUAGACAAGGCCGGACUGCCCAUCUGUCACAUCUAGCAUAUUCCAGAUGGACCGGUGGGCUCGUCCAGUUCCACAGAGAGAUGGCUCUUUGGUUUAGCCUCCCCCACUGCCCAAAGCAUGCGUCUCCAUGGAAAGGGGGGGCAUGCAGCAAAUUGGUGGCAGGGCUCCCAUUUUCACAUCAAUUCCAGUGCCUCUAAACCCUUCUACUCCCGUCUAUCUGCAGUCAUCUCGAGUUCCCCCCCCCCCUUUCCUGUUGCCUGGAGCCCCCGGUGCCUGUUUGUGGAGUAAGGAAUCCACAUAGCGUGCAUGCAGGCUCGGCCUCAAGUACUCUGGUGUCUCCGCCACGGUUGGCGCGGAGGUCUCAGCUGAGGCUGCAUUUCAGACAUUUUGUGUCUGAUCCUGUGGCAACACUUUUUUUUUAACUUGUGUAAGUUUUUUAUUGAUUUUUACAGAGAAAACCGAAAGAACAUACAAAGGGAAAAAUAAAAAAAGAAACAGUAGAGAAUAAACAUAUACAAGCCGUGUUACAAUGUCAAAUAUAUACCAAUAAAAGUGCUAUGUUGAUAUCAAUACACAA